AUGAGACUAUUAAUUUGUGAAACAUCGAGAGCAAGUACAUUGACCAAUUCUAAAGGACAAACACCACUGUUGAAUGCAAUCGAAGCUGGAAGCACAUCGACGGCAACAUUACUGAUGGAAGCCGAUCCACGUUCAAUCAUCGUUAAAGACAAUUACGGUUCGUCUGUCUUCCACUAUGCUUGUGAAUAUUCUAAUGAUGUUGUCCUUAGUCGAGCAAUUGCACUUUUAAAACGGUUGAAUUCAAGCAGUGAUAGAAUAACAGCAUUACAGUAUCUAGUUGAACGUAAUCGUAACGGUAAAACGGCGUUUGACCUAGCUAUUCAAAAAGGUAAUUUAAAAUGUGUCAAACAUUUUCUCACAUCAUCGUGGUUAGAAUCCAAUAUAGACAUUCAUGAAUUGAUGAAUCCUGAAACAUUACGUAAAGCAGUUGAGACAGAUCAACUCGAUAUUUUGACAUUUUUUGUAUCUAAUACUAAACGGUUUUCAUACAUAAUUAACUUGUUAAUUGACUCACAUGGACACUUCUACAAUUUAUUAGAAUAUUCAAUUUUGUUGAAAAAAAUAGAUUUUGUUCGAAUGUUUAUUUCUGUUCGUAUUCCUCAAGAAGAUAAACAAUUUCGUCAUCAGUACAAGAAAUUUUUGUGUCAUUAUAAUGAACCCUAUCAAAACGCAACUAAUGGAUAUCCGUUUUACGAGACACCGAUUCAGCGAAUGUUAACCACACAUGAAUUAAUACCAUUGGUACCACUUAUGUUAGAACAAUUCGUAAGUGACAGAGGAAUUGACUUAUCAAUAGUGGAUGAUUGCCUUUUUGCAAGACCAAAUAAACUUCGAUGCAUUUUUGGUCGUACAAAACAUUUUUCAUCUGAUGAUUGGUUAGAGCAACAUCCGUUAAGACUAAUAGCAAAAGCAGACUGUAAAGAUGUUUAUGACCAUCGAAUCGUUAGAAUGUGCGUUGAUCUUAAAUUUAAUUUAUUCGGAAAUUUUCUUUACUUCAUCAUUCUCUGUUCUCAAUUACUCUAUGUAACGUUAUACACGGGUAUUACAUUAGGCUCGCCAACCCCUGCUCAACAAGGAACAAGUUAUUAUAAAUUGGUAAAUUAUACAUGUUCACAAAUGUGUUACAUGCUAGCAAACGAUGUUCAGUCACCGUUGAAAUCAAAUGAUUAUUUAAGAGCAUUAAGAUUUACCUUGUUAUUAUUCUCAUGUUUAGCGCUACUUAAAGAAUUCUUUCAAAUAUUUACCCAGCGUGAAAAAUAUUUUGGUCGAUUUUUUAUUAAUUUGAUUGAAUUACAUAUCAGUCGUUCAUGUUACUAA